AUGUCUACUGAAGUUCCUACCGAGCAAUGGGCACAGGUCAUUGACAAGACCGGCGGCCCCGUCGAGUACAGGAAGAUUGCUGUUCCAACCCCAGGCCCUGAUGAGGUUCUCGUCAACAUCAAGUACACUGGUGUCUGCCACACUGAUCUCCACGCUCUGAACGGCGACUGGCCACUGGCCGUCAAGCUGCCUCUGGUCGGUGGUCAUGAGGGUGCGGGUAUCGUCGUUGCCAAGGGCGAACUCGUCAAGGAUGUCCAGAUUGGCGACCACGCUGGUGUCAAGUGGCUGAACGGCUCCUGCUUGCAAUGCGACUUCUGCCAGCAGGCCGACGAGCCCCUCUGCCCCAAGCCCGAACUCUCCGGAUACACCGUCGACGGUACAUUCCAGCAAUACUGCGUUGCCAAAGCCGCACACAUCGCUCGCCUGCCCAAGGACAUGGCCCUCGAUGCCGUUGCACCCAUUCUCUGCGCCGGUAUCACCGUCUACAAGGGACUGAAGGAGUCUGGCGUGAAGCCCGGUCAGUGGGCUGCAAUCGUCGGCGCUGGCGGUGGUCUCGGAUCUUUGGCCCUUCAAUACGCAAAAGCCAUGGGCGUACGCACAAUUGCCAUCGACACAGGCGACUCGAAGAGGAAGAUGACCUCUGAGCUCGGUGCUGAGGUGUUCGUCGACUUCGCUACAUCCAAGAACCUCGUCGCCGAUGUACAAGCUGCCACCGCCGAUGGUCGUGGUCCUCACGUCGUCAUCCUCGUUGCUGUCAACGAGAAGCCAUUCCAACAGGCUGCCGAGUACGUCCGACCACGCGGUACCGUCAUCUGCAUUGGUAUGCCAGCCGGUGCCUACCUGAAGGCCCCCGUCUUCGAGACUGUCGUCAAGAUGAUCCGCAUCCAGGGUUCAUACGUCGGAAACCGAAGGGACGGUGCUGAGGCUAUCGACUUCUUCGCCCGCGGUCUGGUCAAGUGCCCCUACCAGGUCGUCGGUCUCUCAGAGCUCCCAAUGGUGUACGAAAAGAUGAAGCAGGGUGAGAUCGCUGGACGCUACGUCCUCGACACAUCGAGGUAG